GACUGCAGCCAGGGGCAGUGCGCUGUUUGCUGCUGCUUGCGCCCGCCCGUCCGCGCGUUCCGGGAACUCGAGAUCGAAACCUGGUCAAGACGGCCCAACCUUACAGUUCAGCUAAGGUCAGAGAAAGCCAGAAGCAGCCUGAGCGAGGUGAAGCGCCUGGCUGCUGAGGAAUGAUCAGAGUCCGGGAUGUGCGGAGCGUGAUCGCUAAGAAUUUGACUCACUUUCUCCAUGCUCCUUCUCUUCCACUCUUCAUCCACGCGGGCCUCCAGCUGUCAGCACCAGAUUUCGUGACAGGGUGUGGCCACCCCGAUUUCUGUUUGCAAGCCCUGCCAGCAGUCCAAGAACAAGGUCCCAAGGCUGGAUUUCUUUCGCCUAGGCUGCUUAGCCGGGGCCUCAGAGUCUUGAGUGCAGGCCACUGAGCAUAGGCCCGGGCGAGGCGUGGUGCGCCAUGGCGGACGGGCAGCCGGGUCCCGCCGUGGACUGGGAGAUCGACGUGGAGAGCCUGGAGCUGGAGGAGGACAGCCGCGGGGCACCGCCGCCAACGCCGCCCGGGCCCAGCCCGCCGCCUGCCUACGAGGACGACGACGACGCGGAGGACGAGGACGACGUCGACGCGGAGGACGAAGGCGACGGGGAGGAGGCGGCCGCAUCCCCAGGGGUGCCGGGGCGGCCGGAGCGUCAGGGAGCCCUGGCGCCAAGGCCGCCCACGGCGCCUCAGGCCUCGCAGGCGCCCGCCGGGCCCCCGGAGCGCGGCGCAAACGCGGGCGGCGGCGCGGAGCCGCGCAAGCUCAGUCGCACGCCCAAGUGCGCGCGCUGCCGCAACCACGGCGUGGUGUCCUGCCUCAAGGGCCACAAGCGCUUCUGCCGCUGGCGUGACUGCCAGUGCGCCAACUGCCUGCUGGUGGUGGAGCGGCAGCGCGUCAUGGCCGCCCAGGUGGCGCUCCGGAGGCAGCAGGCCACGGAGGACAAGAAGGGGCUUUCCGGGAAACAGAAUAAUUUCGAGCGCAAAGCAGUGUAUCAGAGGCAAGUCAGGGCACCCAGUUUGCUGGCCAAAAGCAUUUUAGAAGUUCUCCUUGGAUUAUUCUGCAACUGUAACAAUGUGUACAUAAUGAGCCAACUUUAGAAAAUAAAAGUGACAUCAGCUCUAGGCUACCGCCCCAUUCCAUCAGAGACUUAUGUGGGAGGGAGUUUACCUCUACCUCCCCCCGUAAGUGACCGGAUGAGGAAAAGGCGGGCCUUUGCUGAUAAAGAGUUGGAGAACAUUAUGCUGGAGAGAGAAUAUAAAGAGAGGGAGAUGUUGGAAGCUUCCCAAGCUGCUGCCUUAUUCCUGCCCAACCGCAUGGUGCACGGUUCUGAGUACAGCUCCUACAAAAGUGCCUACAGCCCCACCCCAGUGGAACCACCAAACAAAGACUUCUGCAAUUUUUUGCCCACCUGCCUUGAUCUCACCAUGCAGUAUUCAGGCUCUGGGAAUAUGGAACUAAUUUCUUCCAAUGUCAGUGUGGCCACGACUUACAGACAGUAUCCCCUAUCCUCGAGACUUUUAGUUUGGCCCAAGUGUGGCCCCAUUAGUGACACCCUCCUCUACCAGCAGUGCCUGCUGAACGCUACCACGUCAGUUCAGGCCCUGAAGCCUGGAACCAGCUGGGACUUGAAGGGAGUACGACUGCAGGAUGGACUUGGAGCAGAUCAUGACAUGAUGCCACCAAAAUUGGAAGGCUCUCUGGUGCUGCCUCACACUCCUGAGGGACACAUCUUAAGAAGUGACCUUCAGGGUCACCAGGCCCUCCCGGAAAGGUCUGCAUUCUCCCCACCCAGACGGAAUUUCUCGCCCGUUGUUGACACGGACACCCUGGCAGCUCAAGGGCACGUCUUAACCAAGAUCAGCAAAGAAAGCACCAGGCACCCUCUGCCACUUAAACAUAAUCCAUUCCACUCAUUAUUCCAACAAACUCAUAGUGACAAAUCAGGUCCCGAGUUGAAAACAUCAUCUGUCAAAGAGGCCUUUGAAGAGGCCCCUAAGAAACCCAGGGAGUGUUUAGUCAAGGAGAACCAGAAAUACACAUUUACAAUAGAUAGAUGUGCAAAAGACCUUUUCGUAGCCAAACAAGUCGGAACAAAACUCUCAGUGAAUGAACCCCUGUCAUUUUCCGUUGAGUCUAUUCUUAAGAGGCCUUCAUCUGCCAUCACUCAUGUCUCUCAGUGAAAGGCUGCUUAAAUGGAAAGCUGGAUUUGCUGCCGUCUCAGAGGAUUCUUACCAGUCACUAAUUUUUUCAAAGAUAAAGGUUGUAUAAAGAAAUUUCUAAUGUAAAUGAUGAUGAUUAAAAAAAAUUCUGUAUAUUCAUAUGCAUGUGCUUUACCUUACCACAUAAAUAUAUUUAAAGAUGGAAAUUGCUUAUGUGCAAAUUUUCAGGCUUUACAUAGCAUUUCAAAAAGCAAUAAAAUUGACACUGUCUUCUAAACGACCCA